AUGAGCGUCUCUGAAAAUGAUAGGAGAUGGCUCGUGGUUCUGGUAGCCACCGACAAAAUUGUAACUCCAUUGUUGAGGGAUUUCGUGGCUAAAGAAAUUGAGAAACUGAGUGUCUUUUUAAAUAAUUAUUUGCAAAAUAACUCAAAAUCAUGCAAUCUACAGACAUUGACUUAUGAAAUAUGUAGCUCAGAUCCUAACUUUAAAGGCUUGCAAUUUAGAAACAUAAACAACAAUAACAACAACAACAACGACGAUGAGAAAAAAACGAAAGUUGACUACAACUACUCAAUCAACAGCCUGGUGGAUCUUGCCAAGUUAUAUCUCCCUGGUUUCCUUGCAAAGUUUGCGGCAUUUGACAAUUCCAUGGAUCUGAGUGCUGCUCUGCGCCUUAUGGGAUAUGACAGUUACCCCACCCAAGUAUUUGUGUCAUCAAAUCCUUCACUAGAUAUUAAGUUUCUGGCUGAUGAUGUCAAGGAUGUAGUUAGAAACCCUGGUGCACAUUACACUGAGGGAACCUGGACAGAAGAUUAUAUGAACCAGUGCUUUGAAAAGCUCGAGGCUUUGGUCAGGGCUCUUGUAUUACCUGAUGAUCAAGAGAAGAAUACUUUGGAUCAACUGCACCAAUGGAAUACAAACGGCUGGGACCUGAUCACGGGUAAAGAUUUGCGUGACCUCAUGAGGAUUUUCACGCUAAAUAAUGACAGAAAAUUAAAAUUGCUUGCAUCCAAAGUUGAAAUCCUUAUGAAGCGAUGCAGUUCUCUCGAGGAGCGGGUUAGUUCGUCAGAGAAGAGUGUGGACUCGUUGAAGGAACAACUACAUAUGGAGAAAAUACGUCAUGAUAACUUCAUGGUCGAAGUUUGCAAAAAGUUUAAAGAAGUUGACGAUAACCUGAUCAGUGGUGCGCAUGGUCAACUCGUAGCUCCAGUAGUAAGCACCUUAAGUCCUUCCUCGGGGACCAGUGUUGUAUCAGAAGAUGACCUCUCAGGAGAAGCAUCUCAUAUGAAUGAGGAAAGUGGUGAUAAGACAUAUGAAGCCUUCAUACCGGGUUCCACCUCUAAUAUAGUAUCAGAAAACUCCAUCGACUCUUCAGGAGCAAUCGGAAUGCUACACAUCGUUUGUAACUCGGAAAAUGGCGGAGAGCAUUUUCGAGUUGUUGUUGUGGCCAAAAAUUCACUCCUAGCAACUACUCCUGUUAAACUUUUGCGUCAGAUCGGCUUGUCAUUUAAAAUUGAAUUUACGGGAAAGCUUCCUGAAGGGAUGGAAUCCGGAGUUGCGGAUUUUCACAAUUUAAGUAUGGGAGUAAACUUAGUGAAGAUAGACGACAAGACCUUGUGGGGAGAAGCUCUUCCACACUCAUCAACAGAAGGUGUUUUUAAAGUAGCAGUCUUCUCACAAAAUCGAGAAAGGUGUUUGGGGGAGACAAAAGUUUCAUACAUAGACUUGAUUGAGGAGACGUUGAAACAAGCAAUCAGUUGCCCAAAAACGAUGAUGAAAUUCAUUCAGGUUGCCAUUCCACGCCUGAACGAACAUUCUGAAGGAGGUACUUCUGACGCAGAAAAUCAUGCGAAUGGUGGGCCUUCCGGUUGGGAAAAAUCUUCAUUGUCACUUCAGCUCUUACAAAAGUUCAUCUACGCAGCAGCCAAAGUAAACGCUGUUUGGUUUAUUCGACUUAUCUUUGACCUGCCCGCUGGACGAAUAGCGUUUGAUUCGUACAAAGGAAGACCGCUUUUACCAGAAUAUGUGGCGAGAGCACGUGGCCACAAUGAAAUCGCCGAAUACUUGGAAGAUGUGACCAAAAGAUACUCUGAAAGUGAGAGAACAGAUGAGGAGAAGUUCGACGCCAUCAAUUGGCAGGAAAUCGUUACAGCCAUUGAGGCAACACAAGAAAAUCCGAAAAACACAGAGAGUCAUAGAAAACGGUCGGACGAUUUGAAGUCCAACGUUUCACCUCAACAAGUACGAGGAAAAGAGCCCUGGUCAAACUUCAGUGACGAGCAGCUGAACUACUUCAAGUUUGCACUGAUUGUGAUGAACGAAUUUUCUAAAGCCUUGCGUAAAAUGUUUCGAACCAUGUGGGACAGAACAUUUGGAAAUAUUAUUGGAUUUAAACCGUGGGAUGACUCCUUGGAAGUGAGAAAGUUGUUUCUUAUUGCAGAGGGUGGGAGAACCAAAGUUCCUACACACCUGUCAUAUGAAGAGUGGUCCGUCGUCUCCCUGGUCCACGCCAUCAUCUUCGCACGAUCCUUUGCCAUGCCAGAUAGCAGAGGUCAUCACAGGACACUCGCUGAACUGUACACGAAACCUCGUAGACUACCGCCUAAUAAGUUCCAUACAUCUGUGAUAAGCCCUAGUGGAUGUGAUUUAGAAUCCUCAGUACUCGCCAUUGAUCAGCUUCGACUGCUGAGAAAUUAUUUUGCCCACUCAUCAAGGGCCGAAAUUGAUAAAGUAACAUUUGACCACUUCGUACAGCUAGCUAAGGAAGCUUUCAUCGCUCUUGGAAUUGCGACAGCCCAAAUUGAUGCCAUCGCUUUGAUUGCGUUUGACUCGCCCUCCCUAGUAGUUUGCGAAGUAGAAGAUGGUAUCAAACAGGAUAUAGGCGCCAAUGUUAAUUUUCUCGAAGGCUUCAGUUCAAGUCUUGAAGAAAGUGGGGAGAUCAUUGAAACUUUGAGGCCAGAACACGACCAGACAAAAAACACAGAGAGUCAUAGAAAACGGUCGGACGAUUUGAAGUCCAACGUUUCACCUCAACAAGUACGAGGAAAAGAGCCCUGGUCAAACUUCAGUGACGAGCAGCUGAACUACUUCAAGUUUGCACUGAUUGUGAUAAACGAAUUUUCUAAAGCCUUGCGUAAAAUGUUUCGAACCAUGUGGGACAGAACCUUUGGAAAUAGGCUUGGAUUUAAACCGUGGGAUGACUCCUUGGAAGUGAGAAAGUUGUUUCUUAUGGCAGAGGGUGAGAGAACCAUAGUUCCUACACACCUGUCAUAUGAAGAGUGGUCCGUCGUCUCCCUGGUCCACGCCACCAUCUUCGCACGAUCCUUUGCCAUACCAGAUAGCAGAGGUCAUCACAGGACACUCGCUGAACUGUACAUUAAACCUCGUAGACUACCGCCUAAUAAGUUCCAUACAUCUGUGAUAAGCCCUAGUGGAUGUGAUUUAGAAUCCUCAGUACUCGCCAUUGAUCAGCUUCGACUGCUGAGAAAUUAUUUUUCCCGCUCAGUAAGGGCCGAAAUUGAUAAAGUAACAUUUGACCACUUCGUACAGCUAGCUAAGGAAGCUUUCAUCGCUCUUGGAAUUGCGACAGCCCAAAUUGAUGCCAUUGCUUUGAUAGCGUUUGACUCGCCCUCCCUUUGCGAGGUAGAUGAUGGUAUCAAACAGGAUAUAGGCGCCAAUGUUAAUUUUCUCGAAGGCUUCAGUUCAAGUCUUGAAGAAAGUGAAGAGAUCAUGGAAGCUUGGAGGUCAGAACACGACCAGACAACUAAAAACUGUUACGAGGUUCCUCCACAAAUGAGUCUCACUGUUCCGAAGAUGAGUGAUAUUAAAGUGUUUCGAAAGAAAUGGAGUGGUGUCCAGUUUCCCAUAGACAUUCUCCUAUUAACAGUGGAAGAGUUCGAGUUCUUAAGUUCUUUUGCUUAUCUUAAAAAUCCUUUUAAAAGCUAUGAUCAGGAUGUAGGAGAUGUGUACUUUGGAAACAUCGGUCAACUUAGGGUGGCAUUGGUUAAGUCCCAUGGGAACACAACGCCUGUUGACUAUGCUGUUUCCUUGGAAAAGGCCAUCAUCAAAAUGAGACCGAAAGUGGUAUUUCUAGUUGGUAUUUGCGGUAGUCUCAAUUCCGCGAAAGCUCGCAAAGGAGAUGUGUUGAUAACAGCAAAGCUAGGAACAUACAGCCAAAGGGGCAUGAGAGCUCUUGAAAGCAAACUUUCUUCGUCCCUCAUACGAUUUGUUGGUGAAGGAUGGAUGGCACCUUUGCGAGAUCUCGAUGACAGAGAAGUAAGGAUUCACCGUGGUGGCCUCUUGCUGUGCGUCCAGGACAGGAAAAUGAGUGAAGAACUGAUUCAAUCCCAUCCCGAUGCGUUUGCCAUUGAAGUGCGAGAUGCCUUAGCACCAGCCAUUACUGACAUAAAAGUUGAGUGCAUCGCAGUGAAGGGGAUUUCACACUAUGCAGAUGCCAGUGAAGAGUCCGAAGGCUGGAAGAAGUUUGCCAGCGUUAUGGCUGCUUCAGUUGUUGCCAAUAUUUUGGAGAAAGGGGCAGUUUUUGAAGACUGGCCUCACUUUCAAGCAGGUACUCUACCAAGCCCAUGUCUACCUCCGAGAGAUAAAAACUUUGUGGGCCGGGAAAGAGAGUGUGAAAAGAUCAUUGUGUGCUCUGGUUUUGAAAAUACUCGAUUGGUGUCGAUUUGUGGCCCCCCUGGAAUUGGAAAAACGUCGGUGGCCGUUGCCGUGGGACAUGAACUAGGAUCUAUGGGAUUACCGGUGUACUUGUUCUCUUUACGAGAUUGUCAGUCAAAAGUCGAUGUGACGAAAAUGCUUCUCGACUUUUUUAAGGAAACUGCCCCCAUUCGACAAACUCCGCCGUGUUCAUCGAUUGACGAACAAAUUAUACAACACCUCAGUGUAAUUUCGGAACAAACUGUGCUCGUUUUAGAUGGUGCUGAUAGGUUGUUGGACAAUAUAGAUUUCUUGAAUUUUCUUGAAGAUGUCCUUAGCCGAGCCGAGAAGCUUAAACUCAUCAUAACCGCCGUGGAAUCAUUCAAUUUAAGGCAUUAUCCUAGUCACGAAGCAGUUAGAGUCGGAGCUUUAGAUGAGUCGUCAGCUGAAAAGUUGGUUUCCAAAUUACUACCAGAUGCGACUGCCUCUGACUGCACUCAGCUCUUGGAAAUCUGUAAGAAUAUACCUUUACUCCUGAAGAUUAUCUGUCACUCAAUUUCUGAAGGAAAUGAUUCGGUGAAUAGCUAUCUAGAUUUCCUCAGGGCACAGAAGCGUGCACUCCACCGAUUGCUGGACAGCGAUGUGAUAGGUCCAACCCGUGAUUCAUUACAUGGUCGUCUUGAUGAAGUGUUUCGAAAACGACCCACAAAGGAAAGGGAAGCUUUGGUGUCCUUGAGUGUUUUUCCCAAUGAUUUUGACGUAAAAGUUGCUGCAGCUGUUAUGGGAGUAACAAGAAUUGUCGAGGCUAAGAGGAUACUGCGUCACCUGCACGAUUCGUCUCUUCUCGAAUCUGGUUCAAAACCUGAAUCCUUCUCAAUGCACUCACUAGCUCGGUCAUUCGCCCAAGAAAUAGGAGAAACAGAAUUCAGAGGAACGCUGGUCACCUCAGAUACUCGUUUCCGUGAGUUUUAUAUCUCUCACUUUAUGAAGCUAAAUGAGGAGUUCCUUACAGGGGAUUCCAUGAUGGCGUUUGUUACAUUCUACGAAGACGAGGAGAAUAUAGUGCAGUGUCUUAAACUGCGUCCUGGGUCAGACUCCAAAACAGCUGAGGCUGUGUUUAAGGCACUUGUACAUGCGGAGUUGUUUCUUCACGCGCUCUAUUGGACUGACGAAGACAGAUUCGUUUCCAUUUACGAUGCUGCUGCAAAGGCAGCUGAAACCCUUGGCGAGAAGGAAUUUCACCGGGAAUUGCUCGUUUCUUCGGCUUUCAAUGAAGUAACACGGGACACAAGAGAGAGAGGUUGGCAGUUGCUUUCUGAAGCAAAGCAAUUGCAAAAAGCGGCGCUCUCGACGUCUGAUCGAGAGAAAGGCAAACUGAUGUGUUAUUUAGGUAUCUACCACCUUUGUAACGGUGAGAGGGAAGAAGGACAGAACUGUUUACAAGAGUCCCUUCCCAGGAUAGAGGGGAACCUUGAGGAAACGGUUCUUAGGCUUACUAUUUCUCAAAUCCUUCACAUGCAUGAUCGCUUCCACACGAAAUCUUCAAGCAGGGCACAAUGUUACAAAAAGAUUCUUCAAGAGUACACAGAGGCGGGAAACACAGAUUUACUCAUAACCUCCACAUUGGAAAACACAGGAAAGAAUUCAGUGGAAAAGGUAAAGGAUGAGAGAGAUGCCCUGAAGAAACGACCUUUAAUGGCAGAAGUUCUCUUUCUUGUCAGUAAAGCAACUGAAAGCUUCACUGACAUUGAGACAAAACGACGUCUAAGCAACAUUGCAGUGAAUAUACUCCGAGAAAAUGAAACAACGAGUCCAUCAACCAUGCUUGAUUUAUCUCGUUUUCACACCAAUCUUCGUAUGCUAACUAAUGAUGAGGGAGAGGGCCUAGAGAAAGAACGCCAAUUCCGAGAACACGCGUCCGGCAAGUCUUAUCUCCAGAGCAGAGUUAUAAAUUCCGAUUUGAGUUCUAAAACUUCGGCCCAAUUCACAAUUAAUACACAGCACGGCACGCACUGCCUUCCAGAUGCACUUCAGGCUGAACAACGCGAGCUCGCUGUCAGAAUGAGCCUCCUUGGUCCAAAUGACGCAAGCACAGCUGACAGUUAUUACUCACUUGGAGUUCAGCAGUAUGCCAGCGGUGACUUUACUUCAUCUCUAGAGUCUUUUAUGGGUGCUCUUAACAUAAGACGAAAAUGUUUUGGCGACACAAACUCUGGUACAGCUGACUGUUAUCACUCAGUCGGAGUCACACAGCAUGCUUUAGGCGACUUCAUCUCUGCUUCUCAGUCUCUAAAGUCAGCACUUGACGUUAGAUUGAAGCUUCUUGGAGAACAUCGCCAAUAUACAGCUCACAGUUACCAUUCUCUGGGAGCCACUCAGCUUGCGAUGGGUGACUACAAUUCAGCUCGUGAGUCCUUUCAGCAUGGUCUGAACAUAAGAUUAAACACAUUUGGAGAGAUGCACGUGAGCACAGCUGAGAGUUACCACUCCCUCGGGAAUAUGGAUCGCUCACUUGGGGACUUUGCUUCAGCCCUUCAGUCAUACCAUUGCGCCUUUGAAAUUAUACGGAAACAUUUUGGAGAGGAGCACCCAAGAACAGCCGAGAUUUACCACUCUAUUGGAGAAGUACAAAGCUCAUUGGGGGACCUUACGUCAGCCCGUCAAUCUCAUCAGUGUGCACUGAACAUCAGGCUUAAGGUUCUUGGAGAAGAACAUCAUAGCACGGCAGAGAGUUACCAAUCCAUAGGAGAUAUAAACGUUUCACUGAAGGACUGGAAGUCUGCCCUGCAGUUUUAUCAGCUUGCACUAAACAUCCGUGUAAAGGUGUUUGGAGAAAAACAUCUUAUCACUGCUGAUAGUCAUCGUUCGAUAGGAGAAACACAUUUCGCGCUAAAUGACUUGACGUCAGCACUUCAGUCUUUUCAGUGUGAACGUAAUAUCCGUCUAAAGGUGUUGGGAGAAGAACAUCCCAGCAUUGCCAACAGUUAUCAUUUAAUUGGAGACGCACAUUUUGCGCUAAAUGACUUUACGUCGGCCCUUCAGUCCUUUCAGUGUGCACUAGACAUCCGUCUAAAGGUGUUUGGAGAAGAACAUUGUGGCACAGCUGACAGUUACCAUUCCCUUGGAGAAACGUUUUAUACUCUUAAUGACCUUAUGCCAGCCUUUCAGUCGUUUCACCAUGCGCUAAGUAUCCGUGUAAAGUUGUUUGGAGAGGACCAUUCAGAAACAGCUCAAAGUUAUCAUACGCUCAGUGUCACAGAAUAUGCACAAGGAAACUACUCUUCCGCUCUUAAUUUCUCCCAGAAGGCACUUGAUAUCAGUCAUAAAUUAUUUAGAGGAGAUAACCAAGACACAAUCGAAAUUUACUUAACAUUAGGAGCUAUACAUUAUCAGCUGGGCAACUUUGAUUCUGCCGUUCAGUCUUUCCAAAGUGCUCUUGUCACUGGACUAAAAUUCAUCGGAAAAGACCACUCGAGAAGAGCUGAUAAUUACAACUCCCUCGGGGACACACAGCACGCCAAAGGGGACUUCAAUUCAGCCGUUGAAUCAUACAAGAACGCACUCCACAUCAAGCUCAAACUACUUGGAAAAUCACGCAAAUAG